AUGAUAUGGGCACAUCCAUCUGAUAUCGGUACCUCUAGCCGUGAGAGCAAAGACAACUCUUUUGCUCCACCUUCUGCUGCGAAGCCACCGUCUCUUCUCUGUGCCAAUGAACUGUAUCUUCAGCACGAAAAAAGAUCUAACUCAAAGGCAGAGAGCAUCAAAAAUGGUCUAAAGGAAGAGGAGGAAUCUGGUCCGGAUUGGUUUCGCAAUAUGGAUUCUAAUACAAGUUUUCCUAUGAAGGAUAGUGAUCAAAGACUUUCCGAUAAAGAUAUCCAAACCACCGAUAGCCAUUUUGAUCCUCUACCGAUCACCAUCGAAGGAUUUCAAACCGGACAAAAUGAGGAGAAGAAGUCGUUGUCUGCUAAGCCGUCUCUACCUGUUUCACCUACAAAAGCGCAAUAUGGUGAUGAUAUAGAUCGUGCUUUCGACGUUCGUGUCGAACAAUUGCUUGCAUAUAUCUGCACUAGGGAGAGACUGCGAGAUCAUAGGUGGAAAUCUAUAAUCUUAAACCUAGCCAAGGAAAUAUCUCAUACAGUCAAGAUAGAUGUGGCAAAGAGGCGAGAUCAAAUGAAUAUUUUAAAUUAUGUGCACGUAAAGAAGCUAUACGUAGACGACGAAGAGCCUCGAGCUGAACUCAUCUGGGGAGUUGUAUGCAGUAAGAGUGUUUCACAUGAAUCCAUGGCUGAUCCACUUCGAGAUGCAUCUGUUAUGAUUGUUGCUGGUUCUAUUGAGUAUGAAAGAAUUCCUGGUCGUUUAUCCACUCUUGAGCCAAUAUUGUGUCAAGAAGGCGAAUUUUUGGCAAAACAGGUUGAACGAAUAAUGUCUCGACGGCCCUCAGUACUCCUUGUUGAAGGAAACGUUUCGAGAAUAGCAUCAAAUCUUUUGCGUGAAGCUGGCGUACGUUUAGUUGUGAACGUUAGCACUCGAAUACUCCAUCGUGUGGCUCGAUCCACCGGAGCCGAUAUUCUGCCAAGUUCUGAUGCGCAAUUAAUCCAACAGAACAUCGGAUUCUGCCCCUAUUUCACCCAGAGAACGGUGUAUCUCAAAGAUGGUCAUCAAAAGCUUCUCAUUAUCUUAGAUGAAUGUCCACCAGAUAGAGGUUGUAGUGUUUUGAUCAAAGGCUCAGAUGCACGCGAGCUGAGGGCUGUUAAGCGGAUUCUUCUCUUUCUCACUUCUUUGCUGUACUCCGCUCGUCUUGAGAAAGUAUAUCUCAAUAUGUUCAAUAUCCGACUAGCUUAUCAAAUCUCCAAUUGUGAAAUUUGCGAAGCUCGUCGUGAAGUUAUCGAUCACAACAACGAGAAGUCCGACUUUGAAAUAGCUUUAGCUGACAGUGUUCUUAGUGCAUCUCCUUUCAUUGAUCAUGAACCUCCUUACUUGAAGUCUGUCAGGGGGAAGAACUGCUCCUUGCUACCAUAUUUCAAUGUGCCUGUCUAUCAGUUUUUCAAUGAGGAGGAUUUUGAUGCUCGUUUAAAUGAAGAGGAUAAUGAAACGGAGCAAUGUCUUAGUCUACAAAGCGCGGUUCCUGUACCUGACAAACCUCGACAUUUUUACGCCAGAAAUGGUGCCCGCGAUGCUAACAACAGAGACGAUCUUGCCGCUUUCCGUGCUCUAGGAGGUGCAAUUUUUAAGAGGAGAAUACAAUCGAAGAAGUCCAUUGAGCCACCUCCAAUAAUUAACAAGGUAUGUCGCGUUCUCUGCUUUUUUGUCAAUAUACUUUUUUCAAAUCAAUUUAACAUUUUGUGGGAACGUCAACAUAUGCGCCGACAUGAUAUGCUCGAUCCAUAUGUGCAUCAGCGAAUAGCAGUACUUUUUGGCUCGUUUUCACCUAAGUCCCCCAACGCCCCCUAUUUUUGUGUUCGACCAUGGGUGGUUAACAUGGAAUUCUAUGGUCCACAUGAUAUGACACUUGGAGAGUUUCUUACGAAGUGA